AUGAACACUAUCGACGUGAUCGACAACUCAUCUAAUGCAUAUAUUGAGCCCGCCGAGAAGCUAAAACGAUUUUUCGUUGAUUACUUGUUGAGGAAGAAACUUACGGCAACAGCCCGGAUUUUCAAGAACGCGAAAAUCCGGGUCCUGAAGAUGAGGUGGCAGGAUACUGAAAACUUCACUGACUGUGGAAUAUACGCGAUGAGACACAUGGAAACAUACCAAGGCGAUCCGAGAUGGGAGCUGGAAUUCACUGGAGUUCUUGAGCGAGAUAAUGAGAUUCUAGACCGGUUGAGAAUCAAGUACUUCGCGGAAAUCCUCUCCUCACAUGAGAUUAACCGUUGUGCUGGAAUAUUCAUGGCAAAGGUUCAAGAAAUAAAUAAAAAAGAUUGUUUUGAUGGCUGGGAUGAUUGA